UGCACCCCACGUGGGGCCGUCGCUCUCCGAUAGGCAGAUGUGGCUGUAUUCCUUCCGAGUAAUGCGAUUGGACAGAUAGGCGCUUUCACGGCAGUUCAGCCCUGCUGCCUGUGUGUGGCAACCGGGGUAAGCUGGACAACUGGGGGAAAUGCGAGAUUGUGGAGAGUACCAUGUUACGCUUUUAAAGAACCUCUUCGAGUCGGAAGACAGAUUUUGGAGGCAUAUUUUUUCUCUCUCUUUUUGGGAUUAACCAGCCACAGAAGGCGCACAUUCCACGGAGGUUCGCGGCUGAAGAAUAAAGUAGUUUAAUCGAGCCCGACCGCACCAAAUUUUCUCCCAACUGCUGCCCCAGUCUGGCUGGGUGCGUUCCGGAGAGUGAGGAUGCUUUUCGAGAACCGCGUUCACAUUACGAGGGAUUAAACGCAUGAAUUAUAGCCUCUGUUUUUUCUACGGAAACAGAGGUCCGACGGACGGUUGGGGCGCACGUUCGGGAUUUUCUCGACCUCCCCUGCCCCCCCACUCCUGAGUCUACUGAGACUAGUGUGGCUGUGAGCACAUUUCAACCAUUUUGCCAAAGGACCUGCACACUGGAGAGAUAAACAAAGGAUACAUUUCAAGAUGUAUCCGCAAGGCCGACAUCCGGCUCCACAUCAACCCGGCCAACCUGGCUUCAAAUUCACUGUAGCGGAGUCUUGCGACAGAAUAAAAGAUGAAUUUCAGUUCCUGCAAGCACAGUAUCACAGUCUUAAGGUGGAGUAUGACAAACUGGCCAAUGAGAAGACAGAGAUGCAGCGCCACUAUGUCAUGUAUUACGAGAUGUCUUACGGGUUGAACAUAGAGAUGCACAAACAGACCGAGAUUGCCAAACGACUGAAUGCAAUUUUAGCUCAAAUUAUGCCUUUCCUGUCACAAGAGCACCAACAGCAGGUUGCUCAGGCAGUGGAGAGAGCUAAGCAGGUGACUAUGACCGAGCUGAAUGCCAUCAUCGGGGUACGUGGACUUCCCAAUCUGCCUCUCACACAGCAGCAAGCUGCCUACCCUGCUCUCAUGCAACAGCAACUCCAGGCACAGCAUCUCUCCCAUGCUGCUCAUGGGCCUCCAGUCCAGCUGCCACCCCACCCCUCGGGUCUGCAGCCACCUGGCAUCCCCCCUGUGUCAGGCUCUGGAUCAGGCCUACUGGCAUUAGGGGCACUGGGCAGCCAAGCUCACCUCCCAGUGAAGGAUGAGAAGAACCACCACGAUCUUGAACACAGAGAGAGCACGAAUAACUCAAUAUCUCCAUCAGAAAGUUUGCGAACAACCAGUGAGAAGCAUCGUAGCUCAUCCGACUACAGUUUGGACUCUAAAAAGCGCAAAGUAGAGGAGAAGGACAGCAUGAGCAGAUAUGACAGCGAUGGAGAGAAAAGCGAUGACUUGGUGGUAGAUGUUUCUAAUGAGGAUCCUGCCACUCCACGGGCAAGCCCAGCCCAUUCACCACCUGAAAAUGGCAUUGAUAAACCACGCCCACCUAAGAAGGACACACCCAACAGCCCUGCAUCAGUGGCAUCCUCUGGAAGCACCCCAUCCUCCAAGGCCAAGGAGCUCAGUCAUAAUGACAAAUCCUCCACGCCUGGUCUCAAAUCCAACACCCCCACUCCCCGUAACGAUGCCCCUACCCCUGGCACCAGCUCCACUCCUGGGCUCAGACCCAUUUUGGGCAAACCACCAGGCAUGGAGGCUCUUGCACCAGCUUUGCGUACCCCUCUACCUAUUGCGGGAUCCUAUCCUUCUCCCUUUGCCAUGAUGGGCCACCAUGAAAUGAAUGGAGGUCUGACGAGUCCCGGGGUGUAUGCUGGUCUACACAUCUCCCCCCAGAUGAGCGCUGCAGCAGCAGCAGCUUAUGGACGCUCCCCCAUGGGGUUUGAUCCUCACACCCACAUGAGAGCCCCGGGCCUUCCAGCCAGCCUCACAUCCAUUUCUGGUGGCAAACCAGCGUACUCCUUCCACGUCAGUGCAGAUGGCCAGAUGCAGCCUGUACCCUUCCCACCUGAUGCCCUCAUUGGCCCUGGUAUCCCACGCCACGCCCGUCAGAUCAACACACUGAGCCACGGUGAGGUGGUGUGUGCUGUUACCAUUAGCAACCCCACACGACAUGUCUACACUGGUGGCAAAGGCUGUGUCAAAAUCUGGGAUAUUAGCCAGCCCGGCAGCAAGAGUCCUGUGUCCCAACUGGACUGUCUGAACAGGGAUAACUACAUCCGCUCCUGUAAGCUGCUGCCUGAUGGUCGCACAUUGAUUGUUGGAGGCGAGGCCAGCACAUUAACCAUCUGGGAUCUGGCCUCUCAAACACCCCGCAUCAAGGCUGAACUCACCUCCUCAGCCCCAGCUUGCUACGCCUUGGCCAUCAGCCCCGAUGCCAAAGUCUGCUUUUCCUGCUGCAGUGAUGGAAACAUUGCCGUUUGGGACUUGCACAACCAGACUCUUGUUAGGCAGUUCCAGGGUCAUACAGAUGGUGCUAGCUGUAUUGACAUAUCCCACGAUGGCACUAAGUUGUGGACAGGUGGUCUUGAUAACACUGUUCGGUCUUGGGAUCUGAGAGAGGGUCGGCAGCUGCAGCAGCAUGAUUUCACUUCACAGAUCUUCUCUUUGGGCUACUGUCCGACUGGAGAGUGGCUUGCUGUGGGUAUGGAGAGCAGCAAUGUGGAAGUGCUUCACCAUUCAAAGCCUGACAAGUAUCAGCUCCACCUGCAUGAAAGUUGUGUCCUCUCCCUCAAGUUCGCCUACUGUGGUAAAUGGUUCGUAAGCACUGGGAAGGACAAUCUGUUGAAUGCUUGGAGGACUCCUUAUGGCGCCAGCAUAUUCCAGUCCAAGGAAUCUUCAUCUGUCCUGAGCUGUGACAUCUCAACAGACGACAAGUACAUUGUGACAGGCUCUGGUGACAAGAAGGCCACUGUGUAUGAAGUGAUCUAUUAGAGCAGACAGCUAUGGAUCGGAGCAUGUUUAUGCUCAGGAACAGUAGACUCUUCCUCCAUCUAUCUUCCCUCACACAGACAGCAUGGAUGUUGCCUGCAGCCCUGAGGUGGAUUGGCUGGAAGUUUGGCAGUGCCAGAUUGAAAUGGAAGGUGGCCCGGUUUUGGCCCUCGGAUUCUCUGACGUUCAGCUCUGCCCUUCUCACUCAUGCAACACUUGUACAGAGUGCAGUUUCCCAAGGCACUAAGAAGAAAAUAAUGUCUUGCUGUUUUCCUGUUUAUUGGAUAUUUCUUUCUUUUUUUUUUUUUUUUUAAAUUCAUCCUUUUUAAUGUGGGGAUAAAGUUCCAUGACACAACUAGAAGCAGCGCUUCACUCUGGAGCUUCUCCUUGGAGAUCCUGUGAAAAGUGUACAUAAUGGAGUAAUAAAUGGCCUUUUAUAGAUUUAUAUUUUGGUGUCCAGUUACGCUUGUGAUGGUUCUUUCUUGUUCUCUCCGUGAUUUUCUGUCCCUUCUGGGGAUAGAAAUUAGAUUAGGACUUGGUAAGAGGAUAUUCUAUUUCAGCUUUUUUUUUUUUUUCUUCCCAUGUUCAAUGUCCAGAAUGACCUUUUCGGAAAUUAAAUUGGAUUUUUGUUUUUUCCUCCGUGACAACAGCUUUUGUUUUUUGUUUUUUCUUUGCCAUGUGCAACAACACAGACAUUUGUCCCAUGGAUUUUAUCAGUAAAGAACUCUGAAAAUGCCCUUUUUAGACUGGAAGAGGGGAAAAGAUUGUUUUUAGUUACACAAGUUCCGCAGAAAUUAAGCUCUGAAAUAAAUAUCACUGAACACUGGGUGCUUUCUAUAGCAUCAAAAUGAAUGAUUAACAACUGGAACACUGAUGGUUUUACAAAAGUUGCAACUUGAGCUUAGUCUUUACUUAGUUAUUGUAUGAAAAGUCAUUGCUCCACCCAGCAAAGUCACCAGUCUGGGUUAAUUACUGCCUUUCGAAUUUCGACAGCCUGUGACUACAAGACUUGCCAGGUUGCACUCAGAGGUGAGAGGCAAAGUCAUGACCACAUCUGAUAUUUGGGGUAUACUGUUUGCUUUCUUCAGUUUUUCAUAAUAUCCAACCGCAGCCUUCUCAUUCAGAAAUGGGUUUUUGCAUUCAAAUUAAACUGUAGGAUUCACAUGUCAUCACCUAUAAGGACUGUACAGUUGACAGUUGUUGAUAAAUCAAUAAACUGUUUUUAUAUAAA